AUGGCGGCCUUCCAGCUUCAUAAUAGGCCUCCUCCAUCUGCUAUGCCAUGUCGUCAAUCCACCGUCCUGCUCCUCUUCUGCUUUCUGCUGUCUUGUUCCCACCCCAUAUCCUGCACUUGCUUCGGCUCCCCACAGGAUCCCGACAGCAACCUUACCGUGAGCGGCGCCUUCGACCAACUGCCGGGCUACCUGUUCCUCACCAACAUGAGUACCUGCAGAACAAACUGGGAGAGGGUGGAUUGCCGUGGCCUAGGCUCCUACAUGACGAACAACUAUCCGGCUUUCGACCUGUUCCAGAAAGGUUGGUUCUUCGUCCGGCAACAUAUUGUUCUUGUCCAACACAAGUACGAUGGUAGACCUGAUGAAGCGUCCUUCAGCGUCGUCUUCACCAUGAGCAUCUACCAGCCAAACAACGAGAUGAAGGCAGCAAAUGGCGCCAGUCUGGUGUUCGCCGUUGAGCCUCUGUUCCUCCCAUUCGACUCGUGGGGCAUUUUCACCCCACCCAAUUGGCAGGUACUUGGCCCCUCCAGCUCCUCCAACCCCUCGUCAUCCACCGAUAGUGCUGGCGGCCACCUCACCGCUGAGAUCGGUACAGCCCGAGAUAACGGGACGUUGCUGUAUCUUGGCGACAUAAUCUGGGUACAAAUUGGCAUAGAUCCGCCACCGCCAGUCAACUCUUCUGUGGCAGCGGCAAGCAAGUACAGCGUGUGGAUCGACUAUGAUCAUGUCAGCCACCGCAUGUCAGUCUAUGUCGACGCCGGUGAAGACACGCCAAAGCCUGCAAACGCGAUAGCCAGCAAGAACCUCACCAUCAGAGCGCAAUACGCAUUGCUAGGCCUUUUCUCCUCCAUGGGGCAGCUCCUACAGGUUCACUCAUGGAACUCCACGGUCGACGGGCUCCCCGAUUUCCAGGACACAACUGGCGUACAAGACAAGACCAUCAUACUGUCCUCCGUCCUUGGAUCGGUGGCUGCGACGACCAUCACGACUGCCCUUGUGUUCUUGUACCUCAACUCCAAGUACAGGAGGUGGAAGAAAGAACAGGAUGAGCUGACCAAGAUCAUGCAGGGUAUCCCCGGGGUGCCAGCCCACGUUGACUUCACUGAGAUAAGGAAGGCCACGAGGAACUUCCAUGAGACGACCAAGCUUGGCAAGGGAGGGUUCGGAGCUGUGUACCGAUGCAAGCUUCCUCCUGCUGUGGCUUCUUCUAGGAGUAGUAGGUCGGGGCGGCGAGGAGCCAUGGACGCGGCAGUCAAGAAGUUCACGCGUGAAGUUGAGGACCACCGCUGUAGUGACUUCAUCGCUGAGGUCAGCAUCAUCAACCGUCUGCGACACAAGAACAUUGUCCCACUUAUUGGGAGGCUGCUCGAUGCCGUCGAUGGCAGUGUACUUGUUGCCGCCGGUGGUGGUGGUGAUCAGCAGGACGACAGGGUCGCUGACGAGGCCAGACGUCUGCUGCUUCUUGGACUGGCGUGCACCGACCCUAACCCGUUGGAUCGUCCCAGCAUGGCUGAAGUGCUGCAGGUCAUCACCAAGGUUAUGCCGCCACCGGACGUGCCACCUAAGAAGCCAGCCUUCGUGUGGCCGCCGCGAGACUGGCGUUCACGCAACUCUGUCUACAGCACGGCCUUGAGUGACUGGGACCGGGACCUGGACGGGAGCUUGGCAAGCACGGCGGAGCUGGCGCAGGUCAGCAUGGAGCAGCCGUCGACAACCGUCGCUGGAGGACACGCCUCCGUUCGUAGCAGAUCGACGCAGAGACUACACGGAGGCACAGAGCAGACGCAGCCCAUGAAGGAUGAGCCGAAUCUUCCUCUCUGCUCUUGGCCUCGCUCAUAA